UCCACCUUGAUUCAUGUUUCGAUUCAGCUGCAAGGGCGCAAGCCGUGGCUGGGGCCGAAUACUCCCGCCGGUACUGGAUCGCUUGCUAGACCUGGCGGCUCAGCCCGACCAAUGGUUUGCUAGUGAUACGCUUCUGGCCGACAGGCGCUGGCGAAUCGUCAAGGAUCGGUUUCGCCGACUGUCAAUGGCGAGGGAAAGACACACAUACUCGCACUGCUGAUGCCUGGGGCUGGGAUGUUUGCUUCCUCACGCCUUCCCCCGGUGAUUCCUACACUUGCAACGUUACCUUUGCUCGGUGCAAUGGAUGGUCUACCGGAUGUAUCUGAGAGGAGCUUGUUAUGGAGCUCCUAGAUUGAAUACAUAUUAUCUAACGAGCCUCCUUAGCUGCACGCAAUCGGAAGGACGACAUUUGCGAUUACACCCUGAAUGGGUGCUACUAGUUGAUUGUGACCAUGGC